AUGCCAUUACCAAGCUUUACAAAUGAAUGGAGCAACGCUCAGUAUUACAACUUAGGAGCAUAUCAUCGAGUAGCAACUUCAACAUCUCAAGACGCCCAGAUGUGGUUCGACCGAGGCCUCGUUUGGUGUUAUUCGUUCAACCACGAAGCGGCCUUGGACUGCUUUUGGCGUGCGAUUGACCUUGAUAGGAAGUUUUUAAUGCCCUAUUGGGGCGUCGCCUAUGCUGCCGGCCCCAACUACAAUAAAUCCUGGGGCAUGUUCACACCAGACGAUCGUGAAAGGACUGUUGCAAAAGCACUGCGUGUUCUGGACCUUCCUGAAGAAGCCAUUCUGAAUGCUAGUCCUCUGGAGAGAGCACUUGUCGCGGCAGUUGCUACUCGAUUCCCUUCAAGUGAGAAUAUGAUUCCUAAAGAUAUGGGGUCAUUCAACGAGGCUUAUGCCAAGGCCAUGCGCUCGGUAUAUCAAGACUAUAGCGAUGAUCCAGACGUCGCUACUCUAUUUGCUGACGCCGUUAUGUGCGUUCGUCCUCGUGCGCUCUGGGAUCUGGAUACUGGGGUUCCUACAGCCCCCGAUGUGGUUGAGGCAAGAGUGGCAAUGGAGAAGGCAUUGACAUUGCCCAGUGGACGUAAUCAUCCAGGCCUUUGUCAUCUGUACAUCCAUAUGAUGGAAAUGUCACCGUUUCCUGAGGCGGCCCUCACCGCGGCGGAUCGACUCAGACGCAUUGUCCCAGAUGGCUCUCACAUGCAACAUAUGGCAACUCACAUCGACGUUGCAUGUGGAGAUUAUCGUCGCUCCGUUGAUUCCAACUACGACGCUAUAUUCUCUGACGACAAGUAUUUUGCCAACGUUAAAGUGGAGUCUCUCCUGUACACUGUUUAUCGAUCACACAACAUCCACGCCCUGGCAUACGCUGCCAUGAUGUCUGGUCGAUGCGAAGAUGGUCUCUACGCUGCGAGGCGCUUGCCCCAGAUUCUCACAGAAGAAUUCAUGUCGAUUAGAACGCCACGUAUGGUUGAUUGGACCGAGUGGCAGUUGGUGACAUUGCCACAUGUACUGAUCCGUUUUGGGCGUUGGCAGGAAGUUUUAGAGCUUGCAUUGCCAGACAACCAAGAACUGCUCUGCGUUACAACAGCCACUAUCAAGUAUGCACGAGGCAUCGCCCUGGCAGUACUCGGACGAGUUGAGGAAGCUCGUGUCGCCAGAGAUGCCUUUGAAGAAGCUCGCAAUAUCGUCCCUGAAGACCGUAAGUACGGUCCAAAUGCCUCUGCAUCAUCCAUUCUAGCUGUCGCAUCUGCCAUGCUUGAAGGAGAAUUGGAGUAUCGUGCAGGAAACCACACUGAGGCCUUUACUGCUCUCCGUCAUGGCAUUGAGCUCGAGGAUAAACUCCCAUAUGCUGACCCACCACUAUGGAUGCAACCUAUUCGGCAUGCUUUGGCCGCAUUGCUUCUUGAACAAGGCCGUUCUGAAGAGGCAGAAGCACUUUACAUGGAGGAUCUGGGUUUUAGUGCAAGCCAUUCCCGGCGAAAGGCACGCCUGAAUAAUGUAUGGGGGUUGCAUGGUUUAUACGAGUGCUUAGUUAAGAAUAAGAAGCAUGACCAGGCCCAUACGAUCCGGAUCCAGCGUGAUAUCGCAGUGGCCACAUCUGAUGUUGCCAUUGGGGCCUCGUGUUUCUGCCGACUAUCAGCUGCUAAGGAUGAUGGCAAGUUCUAUUCAAAUAAGGCUUAA